GGUUGGCAUGCUCCCGCCUCGCGCCGUGUACUCGUACUGCAGACGGGGGAAGUAUUGAGGUGUUUUAUCAGCAGCUGUUUGGUGAUGAGUAUCAUCUGCGCUUUGAGUUUUCAUGUAGCAGGGAGUUAUUCUUCCUUGAUUAGCAGCCAUAUUUUAUUACAGUUUGAUACUUGAAUUUUGGCCAUACUUUAUGAUGGAAUCGCAAGCCAAAUCUGUUUUAAAUGAAGUGACAUCAUCAAGCGAUUGUCCUACUGAUCAUCUAGAUGAAGGCACAUCUCUUGCAUCAGGCUUUAAUGUGUCGGAUUCGAACAGUGUCCAUAUCCCGACAAUUAGUGGUUCUCAGCCGUUAGCUUUCCCAAAUGAUCAAAAUGAUUUUGUCAUUGAUAAUUCAACAAAUAUGUUUGGUCAUGAAGCAUGUAAUCAGUCUGAAAUGGUUCCUCCUGGAAGAGAAUCUGAAGAUAAUGAUUUAGAAGACCAAGACUCUAUUAGUGAGUUAUCUGGCUUAAGUGAUUUAUCAAAUAUUAGUGAAGACGGGGAUCUGAAUUCUGACCAAGAGUCUUGGAUUCAAAAGCAAAAGAACUGUGGAAUGGACCCAAGAAUGAUACUUGGAGAGAUAUUACCAAAAGGGACACUUAUUCCCCCAAAUGUUAAUGAUGGCUUGUUGUGGCGAUAUAUUAUCAAUAUGCUGAAUGAACCUAAGCGUUCAAAAUUGACAGAUAUAAAUACAUUGGACGAUGCUGUAAACCUGCUACGGACUUGUAAAAAUAUAGUUGUGCUGACAGGAGCAGGUGUAUCUGUAUCCUGUGGUAUUCCAGACUUUCGUUCUAGGAAUGGUAUAUAUGCUCGUUUGAGCAAAGAUUAUCCAGACCUUCCAGAUCCUCAAGCAAUGUUUGAUAUUGUUUACUUUCGACGCGAUCCCAGGCCAUUUUUUAAAUUUGCAAAGGAAAUUUAUCCUGGACAAUUUCAGCCUUCGCCUAGCCAUCGAUUCAUAAAACUACUUGAAAAACAAGGGAAACUAUUGAGAAAUUAUUCCCAAAAUAUUGAUACUUUAGAGCAUGCAGCUGGAAUAAAAAAUGUUAUUACUUGUCAUGGUUCAUUUGCCACUGCAACUUGUACCAGAUGCCGUUAUAAAGUAGAUUCAUCUGUUAUCAAGGAAGACAUUUUUAAUCAAACUAUACCUUAUUGUCCUGUUUGUCCUGCUGAACUUGGUGAAAGGGGAAUAAUGAAACCUGAUAUAGUGUUUUUUGGAGAAGGUUUGUCUGAUGAAUUUCAUGAAUGUUUGAAUGAUGACAAGCAAGUGUGUGAUCUACUUAUUGUAAUUGGUUCAUCGCUUAAAGUACGGCCAGUUGCAAUGAUUCCCAGUUCAAUACCAAAUCAUGUCCCGCAGAUUUUAAUAAAUAGGGAGCCUUUAAAACAUCUAACGUUUGAUAUCGAACUUCUUGGUGAUUGUGAUGUUAUCAUUGGUGAACUCUGUCGAAGGUUGAAAUCGGAAUGGGAUCUAGGGGAUGACAUACCUGGUACACCUUUGAAAGAAGUUAAUGUUAAUUCUUCAUCAAAAGAUAACGUUCAUGCUCUAAGUGACUUUGCUUCCUUAGACUCAACAGAUUUUGGUGAAAUAAAUAAUAAUUUUGAGUUUACUCAAGGGCAGACUAAUGGUGGUCCAUCAAGUUUGUCCCAAAGUGAAGAGAGUAACAGUUGUGAUUACCAUGGUUUAUCUGCAAUAAAACUGGAUGACAGUGAAGAUGGGUCAAAUCAAGGCCAACUUUUCCCCGAUUCUACUAAUCAGGAGGCUGUUCCGAAACUAGAUGAUAUUUAUAAUGCUAGUUCUUGGACAGAUAACAUUAAAGAUCCUUUUAACAGAAAGUUGCCUGACCACAGUUAUCUCUUUAUUCCCCCAAAUCGGUAUAUUUUCCAAGGUGCUGAAGUGUAUAGAGAAGAUGAUGAUGAUUGUUGUAGUACAUCAACAGAUUAUUCUUCAGACAGUGAUUCCCCACAGAGGCCUCCCUCAGAUGAUGGUGUAGGAGAUUUGAAUAGUGGUUUAUCAUUACAGAGCCAAUAUAAUAUACCUACCCAAUCUGACAGUGACCAAUCGUGUCCUGUCGGUGAAUGUGGUGUCAAUAGCAAACAUUCAAAUGAAAGUCCAAAUACGUAAAUUAAAAUUUUAGUUUUAUCAUAUACCACUGCUGUUUUAUUGUAAUAUUUUCUAAUUCUCUCUGUAAAAUGUAGCCCAAAACACAUUGUACAUGUCCUACCAUUUUGGUCUUAUUUUUUAAAUGUUUGAUGUGCAGAUAGAUUUUAAAUAUCUUUGAAAAAUACAAAACCAACAUAUGAGAUCUGUCCAUGUGUAGUUUUUAAUCAUUCUUGUUUUUCUAUUUGAAGUAUUAAAGUCUUCAAAAUAUGCUGAAUGUCUUGCUUUAGAUAAACUGAUGCCAUUUUUUCUUAAGUAAGGAAUGUUUCCAGAGUAUGUCUAGAUAGUUGAGAUGGAACUCCAUUAUUUGGAAACAUUCAAUUUAGGUCGUUUAGAACAUAACAAUUUGCUUAAGAAAAUGUAGGACAAUCAUCCUUUUGACUUUUUCGCUGAAAAACAAAAAUGCAGGAUUUGCUUGUAUAUAUGUCAUUUUUCCUUAACUCGAGUGUGCAAUUGUGAAAUGAUUUUUUUUUUUUUUUUUUUUUUUUUUUUACUCCCAAUAUUUUUAUAAGCAAUUUUGUUAACAUCAUUUUUUUUUCCUUCACAUGUAUCAUUUUCAAACUUGUUUCAGUUUGUGCUUUAAAGUCUUCAGAAUGGCAUUUUACAAUAAGUGUUUUUCUUAAUUUCUGAUCAGCAGUAAGAAACUAUUUCUUACUUCGUUAAUGUUAUUACCGAUUUAAAGUGAAUAUUUGUUGAAAUGUUUUUCCUUUGCACAUUGUUAAUGUAUAUAUAUUGUGUGUAAUGAUAAAAAUUUAAGCACAGAAUUUUACUUGUAAAAAUGUGCACAUAAUAAAAUAGUUAUAUGCAACCAAUUGUAUCAUGCUAUUUUUACUUAUGAAUGGAAAGUCUAAUAGGCAGAAAUUUAGUGAUUUCUAUUUUAGUUCAUAAUUGUAAAAUUAAUGCAUUGUGCUUUGAAAUAUUUUUUUCUAAUAUUGUGCCAAAUCAGUUGGAUGCAACUAAAAAUAAUUCUUUUUAUUUCUUACAAAUUUGUUGUAUUGAGUUCAGAUUUCAUAGAUAUGAAUAAUUUUCAAACAAAUUUUCCAUAAUUUCAUAUUUUUUGCCAAGUGGAAUUUAACUGAAACCUGGCUGUAAUUUUCUAAUUAUUAGAUAUAUAUAAUUAAAUUUUCUAUAAUUUGGGACCAAUGAUAAACUUAGUAAGCAUUUUCUAUUUGUAACAGUAUCUCCCUGUUUGUAAAAUUUCAUUUACAUUAUCUACAUAUCAUGAAUCUUAAUCCCGAUUUUCUGCACUUUUAUAGUUAUCUCUCCAGGGGGUUAAAAAAUCUUUUUCAUUUCUAUUCUGUAAAUUUCAUUAGUUAAAAAGUAAUAAACAAAAUUAAAUUUUACUUAGCAAUUUUUCUUAUUAAUUGCCAUGGUUGAAGUGAGAAAAUAUGUGCAAUGUCUUGUAAGAAUGUGUAUCAUAUAGGAUUUUUUUUCCUUUGAGUUCUUGUGAUAUUUAAUUAGUGUACCUUGCUAUUGUUAUGUUAUGGUUUCUAUUAGAUAAUUAAUGGUUUCAGUUUUUGUGGCAUUCAUAUAUAUGUGAAGUUUUAAUUUUUUUAAAGGUUAUACUUUAAAUUUUGCUUCUCAUUAAUUUAUUUUUCUUAUUGUGCAUAAUUUUAAUAGUCUACUAAUAUCUUAUUUACAACAGCCAGAUUUUCUUGUGCUAUGGUGCUUUAUAAUGUUGCAGUUACUGUUUGGUUUCAGUUUCUCGAAAUAAUGGGUUCUGUAUAUAAUGCUUAAUGUUUCUUAUUAAGUAGGACUCUAUUUUUUUUUUCUGUUAGAAUUUUAUAUUAAGUUUAAAUUAUGUUUAAUUUUUUUACUAAGCUUUGAACUGGUAAAUGUAUUUUUGCCUGCUUCUGUGGGAGUUUGAACCUGUCUUCUGUGCAAAACUCUUAACUAAUCAAUUCAAUCUUAGUAAUUUUUAGUGCUUUUUUUUUUCCCUGAAUGUUUCUCUUGAAGCAUUUUUAAGUGCUGCAAUAUAUUUUUUAUCAACAUUGUUGGAAAUGUUUUCAUUUCUAUGUAUGUAUUGUAUUAUAGUCUUUGUUUGUGAUCUUCUAUUUAAAUUGUGUGAAGAUUUAGCUGCUGUAUUUAUGUAUAGAAGUAUAUAUUAAAAACUGUCGUAUAUUAUACAUCUUAAUUUGUAACAGUUUAAGAAAAACAGAAAAUAAAUUUGAAAUUUGUAAAAAACAUUUAUUUUUAUUAUCUCUGUUUUUGUGAAGGCUUAAUCUUAAAAUUCAGCCUCAGAAUUCAAAUUGAUUGUGCUAGAUAUUUUGAAGAGAAAGUAAAACUGGAAUUUUAAAUUAAAAUUACUUUGAAGUUAAUAAAA